GAAAAUAAGACAUAUAAAUGCGUCUGCGUCAAGAAUAUUCAAAGUGACAAAAGUCAUAGUUAACCGCUUUUUCCAGGAAGACAUUCGCGAAAGUGCACGUGUAUCAGUUUCAUUUUUUUAUUAAAUGUUUUAAUUAUUUUUUAUUUUAUUUUGAAAUCAGUACAGUCGAAAAAUGUCUAGAAGAAGUCAAGUAGAUCUAACUGUUGACGAAAAAGCAGAUUCCCCUUUUCCUGUGAGAAGAUCUAGUCGUAUCUCAUCGGGCCAGAAUGUGAUCAGUUCUCCAGCACCCAAAGCUAUUAAGUCUAGAAGAAGCUCAGCCAGUAGUAUAACUGAGAAAAAUAGUGUGGAAGAUAAUGCCUCCCCCAAAGAAAAAAGGAAAACAAGAAGGACCUCCACUGAAGAAGAUCCUAAGCCUUCGACAACUAGAAGUAGAAGAAGUUCCAUUUCUAGGGUUAUUGAAGAAGAAAAACCUACUCCAAAUUCCCCAAGCCGUAGAAGUACAAGACAGUCUUCCUCGUCGCCUUCCUUAGACGUUCCAGCUAGAAGAACAAGAAGAUCAUCACAAGACACAGAAACGGUUGAUGUUCCGGCCAGACGAACUACCAGAAGAUCUUCAACUGGUAUUCAAGAAAGCACCAUUGAAGAAAUAAUAGAACAAGCAAAACCUAUCACUAGAAGACGCAGGUCAACUUCAAUCGAUGAACAAGAAGAAACUUCAAAAACUGAUAUCAGGCCUAAAACAAAAAGAUUAUUCAAUGAGGACAAUCAUUUAGAACCAAUUAAGGAACAAGAUCAAGAAGUUAAGGAAAAAGAAGUUUCUGAAAAAAGCUCACAUAAAUUGGAAGUAUUGCAUGAAAUUUCAGAUGAAGAAACAGAAAAAAUAAUUGGAGAUUUAAAGGAUGCAUUAGAGGAAUCCAGUCCUGAGAAAAUUUCUCCUGAAAAAUCUAUAACUGAAGUGAAGGUCGCCAUAGAAAAAGAUACAUCAGAUGAAACUGCUGAAAAGGAUGAAACAGUGAAGGAAAAAUCUUCUGUACUUCAAAACUCAAAUGAAAUGGAGAAAUCUAUAGAGAAGAAAAGUAACUUAGACAUAGAAACUCUUGAAAGAGCUGGGAAAAAUGAAGAAAAGACAUUUGCCUCUCCUGGAAGCGAUAAGGAAAAUACAUCAGUAAACAUUCCUAAAAAGAGAUUAUCUACAAAUGUAAUCGAAGAAAACUCAAGUGGAAUUAUGUCAGAAUCAAAUGUCUUCAGUGUUAAAACAACCUCAAGAAACAGUUUCUAUGAACCUAUGGAAGUAGAUGAGGAUGAGGAUGAUGUAUUUGCAGCACAAAGUCAAGCUGGUGAAAGUUCAGUUGAAAAAUCUACAGAAGAUAAAGCAACUGAUGAAAAAGAUAUAUUAUCUUCCAAGACCCCAACACAAAAAAUAUUAAUUAUUAAUGGAAAAUCAUAUGAAGAUGAGGAAAUCGGAACAGAAGUCAUUGUUCCUGCUAAGAGAGCAAGUAUUAACAAGAAAUCUGAAGAAACAGAUGACAAAAUUGAAGUAGUGACACCUUCCAAAAAUCUUACUCCAAAACGAACAAGUAUGAAUGCUAAAGAAGAUAAUGAAAUCAAAGAUAAAGUUGAAUCUCCUGGAAUCUUAGCGCCGAAAAGCUCUAAUAUGAGUGAAGAUGAAAGUGAAGAAAUUUCAGCUACUCUUAAAAUUCAAACCCCAAAAAAAGGAAAUUUGAAGACUAAUGAAGAAGAUAAAGAAAGAAAAAAUGAAACUACACCACCAUCUCAAAUCUUUAGUCCUAAGAGAAUUAGUAUUGGUGAAAAAUCAAAGGAAGAAAGUAAGGAGACUGAAGAUGAAAUAGCAGCUACUUCCAAACCUCAAACUCCCAAAAGAAUUAGCAUGAGUGGAAAACCAAGUGAAGAUGAGCAAGAUGCGACUCUUUCAAAAAUCGCCACUCCCAAAAGAAUUAGCAUGAGUGGAAAACCAAGUGAAGAAGAGGAAGAUGUGACUCUUUCAAAAAUCGCCACUCCCAAAAGAAUUAGCAUGAGUGGAAAACCAAGUGAAGAAGAGGAAGAUGCGACUCUUUCAAAAAUCGCCACUCCCAAAAGAAUUAGCAUGAGUGGAAAACCAAGUGAAGAAGAGGAAGAUGUGACUCUUUCAAAAAUCGCCACUCCCAAAAGAAUUAGCAUGAGUGGAAAAACAAGUGAAGAAAAAGAAGAAAUUGAAACGGAAGAUGCCACCCUUUCUAAAAUCGCAACUACCAAAAGAAUUAGCAUGGGUGAAAAACCAAUUGAAGAAAAAGAAGAAAAUGAAACAGAAGAUGCUACCCUUUCUAAAAUCGCAACUCCCAAAAGAACGAGUAUAAAUUUAAAACCAAGUGAAGAAGAUGAAGUUAUGGCACUUUCUAAAAGUAAAAGUCCCAAAAGAACCAGUUUGAAUAAAAAACAUAGUGAAGAAGAUGAGGAAAUGGAAGAUUCUGACCCCAAAAAUUUGAGUGUGAAUGGAAAUUGUAAUGAACAAAAUGAAAAAGAAAUUGUAAACCUGAAUGAUUCAAUUUCUAAUAAAGAUGCUAGUAUGAACAGUACCAUAAAAGAUGAUUACACAAUGGAAGGAUCAUUUUCAAAGUUAAAUUCCUCAGAUUCAGAUUAUCCAGUAUUAGAAAAAGCAAUUAGUCCUACACCAGAACAUUCUGCGUCCUUGAGAGAAAAUAAAACUUUAUCAUCAGAUGAUCUUAAUGAAACAAAAAAUGAUGAUGACGCUGCUAGUGAUACAUCAAUUAAACUAGUCGAUACUGAUGAUGAAGAUGAAGUAGCCACUAAACCAGAUUCUGCGAAAGAUUUGGUAGAAAUUGAAAAAAUCAAUGUCUCAGUAUUGGAUGAAAGUUUUAAUAGUGAGGAACCUUCUGUUAUUGAAGACACUAGUUGUAAAAUAGUUAUCGAGGAUUCUGGAGAUGAAGUAAUAUGUACUAGCAAAAAUUAUUAUUCUGAGGAAAAAAUAGAAACUAUGGUAGUGGAACUAAAUGAUGAAAAGGAAGAAGAAAUAAAAAAAUCAAAAGAUAAUUAUGAAAAAAGACAAUCAUUAACAAAAAGAAAAUCAGUACUUGAAGAAGAAUAUGAUUCUACUACAAAUAUUCCAUCUAUUGAUGAUGACAAUCAAAUAACUAGUACAACAAAUGCAGAAUCCAAUAUGACAUCUUCAAAGCUGGAGGGAAGCAAAGACUCUGAAUGUCAGAUUUCUCCAAAUAAAAGGCAAAGUAUGGAUAUGUGUGCAGAAACUCUUGAUGAUGAGGAUAAAAGUGUUUCAGAAAAAUCUGUAGAAAAUAGAGAAAUAAGAAGUAAUCAAACAAUGGAUAAAAUUGAAUUUAUUUUGGAUACAGAAUCGUCUUCUGAUGAUAUACUGGAUACAAAUGAUUCUUGUUCUCCACUUUCUUCUGUAAAACAUGAGAAAGAAGCAGGUGACUUAGAAAGUGCCACAAUUGCUCUGAAUGAUACCAAUGAAUCGACAAACUCAAUAAAAGUCGAAAAUAGAAAAGUUAAUGAAAAGUCAGACACUGAAUUUGAAGAUAUGGAGAUGAGCUAUUCGAAAAAUAUACCAAACACUAAUCGCAACUCUUUAGAUAGAAAAAAAAAUAUAUCUCAUGGUUCAGACAGAAUUGAAAAACAAGAAACAAACCAAACAAUUGUAUUUCAGAGUGUCGAAGUUGUUCAAAAAAAUUAUAGGCAAGAACUUGAAGAUGUUAGUACAUCAGAGGAUCAAAAACAUACACCUAAAGUUGAGAAAUCGAAAUCAAGAAAAAGAAAAAAUCGACAUUCCAUGCCCAGUAGUCUGGAUAAUAAUGAUCAGGAAUCUGAUAAUGAGCAAGUGGAAGAAGUUAUAAAUGCCAGGUUGUCUUUACCAAGUCGUCAACGUUAUCAUAUAAAUAUUUCGAUCAAGGAUAAAACUAAUGAGAGAAAAAAAAGCAUUCAUGAAGAAGAAAAUCUAAUAAACUCAAGAAUGUCAAAUACACGCUCAUCUCUAUCAAAAUCUAUUAGUGAAACAGAAAGUGCAUCUGAAGGAAAAUCAAACUUAAUACCUGAUAAUGAAAACGAUGCAAUAGACAAUGAUAAAUUGCAUCCUUUCAGCGAAUCUGAAGAAGUAGAGGAAAAAACAAUUGCAACUGAGUCGAAUAAACAGAAAACAAAAAGUGUAUCUCCCACAAAAGAAUCUGAAGAAAAAGGAAAAAGAUUGAGGUUAUCUACAGAACUUGCAUCUAAUGUUCAAGAACAAAAGGCAUCUGAAAAGAAGAAACUAAAGUUCAAGAAAGACCAGUUGGAAAUAAUGGCCAGAAGCGGCAUAGAGGUGGAAGAUGAUGACCUUUUUGACGAUUUGGCCGAAGCGAAAGAUGCACUAAGCGAUGAAGAAAGUGAUGAAAAUGAAAUCAUAGUUAAAGGAGAAUCAGUUAUGAGUUCUUGUUCAGACAGAUGUAGUUCUACAGAUGAUUAUGACUUAAAUGACUCGUUCAUAAAUGAUGAGGAACAGGAACAAGAACUGUUGAGUGGCGAGGAAGAUUUCCUUGAAGUCAAUAAAAAAGGAGCAAAGAAAUACAAAAGGAUUAUAAAAACAUCAACCAGUGAUUCAGAUCAAGAAGUUGACAUAGAAGAGUUUUCCAAUCCUUCCCAAAUCCCUGAAAUUAAAGUUGUGUUGGUCGAAGAAGAAAAGAAUGAAGAAUCCAUUCAAAAUCUUGACAAAGAUAAAGCGUUUGAAGAAAAACUAGAUUCUAUUCUUAAAACUAACCCUGUGGAUAUUAGCACUCCAAACCAAACUAUAAAUGAGGCAAUGAAUACUUCUGUUAUCUCUGAAUCUUCAGUAAUUUUACAAGAAACUUGCAGUAUUGGUGCUGCAAAAAAUAAAGUAAUUGUCAAUAGAAUUAAUAGUAUGGUAGAUGUCUUUUGCAAAAGUAUAAAUGAACCAGAAGGUAAUAUUUCUUUGAAUGUAUCAUUAAACUAUAUACCACCUCCUACAGUGACAUCUGUUGAAACUAUAAAUUCUUUGAAUAUACCUCGAGAGGAAUCUUCAAAUAAUGGACAAGCGAAUACAGUAGUUUCACCAAAAAAACCUGAGGAUAAAAAAUACUGUGAAAAAAUUAGUGAAAAUACAGAGAUAUCCAGUAUAUUCAAGAAGGAAAUUUCAAAAAAAACUAAGAAAUCCAAGAAAAAGUCUAAAAAAGAGCUUGAUGCUCCAACAAAAGAAAUCGCAGCUGCAGUCAGUGAACAGAAAAAGAAAAAACAUAAGCGUACUGCAGAUUGUGUAACAUCUGUUACAAAUGAAAUAACACCUGUAUCCAGUGAACAGAAAAAGAAAUCACACAAGCGUCUCAAAGAAUGUAUAUCAUCUGUUUCAAACGAUAUAACAGCUGUAGACAGUGAACUGAAAAAGAAAACACUCAAGCGUCCUGCAGAUUGUGUUACAAAGGACAGUGAUGUAAAAUCUCAUAUCAAGAAGAAUAAAAAAUUAAAGGUUUCUGAAGAAUCAACUCAAAAGGCAUCGCUUGACAAAGGUAAAGUGAAGAAAGUUGCAUUUGAGACAAUUGUUCCUGAUUCAAAAGACAAAUCAAAAAAAUCCAAGAAUGUUGCAGAACCAAUCAUUGCAAAGAAAAAAGACAAAUAUGAUGAAUCUGUCGAAGCUAAAAAAUCAAGUUCUUCAGACAUUAAAAAGAAAGUGAAAACUGUUAAAUUAGUUCAAGAAGAUACUCAACAGAAGAAAAAAGAAAAACGAAAACACCCAGAAACGAUUGAACAAGAUACUGUCACUAAAAAAUUACGUAUAUCAAAAACUGAAGAUAAAAAACAAUAUCAUACUAAGAACCAACAUGUGAAAGAAAUAAGACCAACAAUACCUUCAAGCCGUUCAGUUGGGCAGACUGAAUGGGAUGAAGAACUUGUUUUAAUUCAACCAUCAGCCGCUACAUCUUCUAAAAGUGGUUUUAAUUUGGAGAAACUAAUAGAUAGGGAUUUUAAGAAUAGAAUGAUAUAUGAUACCUCAAGAAAUAAGAGAGAGCCAGUUUCCAAGUCUAGGAAACAUCACUAAUGAAAAAUUUUAUGAAGGAUACAAGAAUCUACGAGAUCUUUAUUUUUUCAAAAAUUUUGUUUAUAUGUUAACUUUAUAUUUUAUUGUUUUUAUCUCUUAUCAAGUCUGAUAACUUUGUAAGUAAGAAUCAUGUUAUGUAAUUGAUUAAAUAUUUUUUUCAAGGAAA